CUUCGGCCGCACGUGAUCGUGUUCCUCAGUGGCAGCCGCGGAACUAGGAAGCGUCUUCGCCGUCUUCCUCGCCAGCGGUAGCAGCUAUGGGCUCGGCCACUCUUCUGCUGUUGCUGCUGCCCGGCGUCUUGCCGAGCCUAUGCGCCGGGGAGAACCUUCUGCCCGGCCGACAUUUGUCACUGCAAAGUGGCUUGGAAGAAAUAGUUGUGGGAGGCCGACACCGCUCUUGGCCCUUGGCCCUGGAGGACCUGUCUUCGCUCGCAUCGGGGUUCUUAGGGGUCCCGCAGGAGCCGCAGCUGGAUCCAGAGUGCAAGGAGCUCUUGACUGCCUUCGCCAAUAGCAGCCUGAGAUUGGCUGGCUGCUUAAUCCAGAGCUCCCGGCCUGUGACGCUCUGCCAGAACUGCUAUCACCAAUUCGGGGAAGUCGUGCAGCAGUUCGAGAACAUCGAGAAUACUACUAAGACUAACAGAUGUGCCCAAAGUCUCUUGAUGUCAGACAGGCUACAGAUGGUUGCACUUGUGAACAAUUUUUUUAAUGACACAUGGAUAAAAGCUAACUGUGCAAAUUGUUUAAAUAAGAACAACGAAGGCUUAUCAGCUGGUACAGUGACGUUUCUGGCUUUAUACAAUGAAUCAAUGGCAUGCUUUAAACAGAACCUCCAGGAAGAUAACCUGCUACCAAGUAACUACUCAGUGGUCUGCAAGAACUGCAAUGCUACGUAUAAAAACUUGAGUUCCCAUUACAGUGAGAUGCAGAAGAAUGGGCAGCAUGAGGAAUCUGGAGAACAGUUUCAUUUGUGCAUUGAUAUAGAAGAUGCAAUGAACAUCACACAAAGGCUGUGGAGCACAAAGUUUAAUUGUUCUGUCCCCUGCACAGAUACAGUGCCAGUGAUUGCAGUUUCUUUGUUCAUUUUCUUUCUGCCACUUGUUUUCUACUUGAGUACCUUUCUUCACUCAAAGCAGAAAAAACGUGUCCUGAUUCUGGGUAAGCGAAUCCACUCAAAUGCCAGCUUUGCUAACAUCCAAGAUAAAUCCAACUGAGUUUGGGGAUGCAAUGGGAUGUUUAUUUGAUUGCUCCAAAGACAAUUAUAAUUUAACUUUACAUUAUGCUGUAAUAAAAGACUGUGUCUCAGAUAGGUGUAUACUCUAUUGUGCAAUAGUUCUCAGGGGGAUGACAUGACCUCCAGAGAUGAAAAAGAAACUAUAUUCCCUCCUUCAAUCCUUGGACUUUUGUCUUACUUCCUGAUUGCUAAGUUUUUAUACUUUAUAUAAUGGAUCUAUAACAUUGACUUCCAUAAAUGAUGAGUUUACACAAACAUUCCUUUCUAAUUCUUACCUGAAUGCUGAUUUAUUUAAAAGUUAUCAUUAUUGAAAAAUGAAAAAGAUGAAUUCAAUGGUUUAAUAUUUAUCAGUCUACAUUACUACUAAAAAUGUUGUUUGGCUCAUAGAAAUAACCUUUGAAUUUUAUAUACUGUGUUGCUGGCAACAAAAGCGAUUAUUAGUAUUAUAAUAAUUACAGAAUUUGAUUUCAGGAAAAAUGUCAUAUCUUGAUAUUUCAAGUGUGGUAUACUUGAAUAAGCUCUUUUCUCUAUUGGCUGAUUAAAAGUAAGAUUAAACGAAUGGAAACUGUUACUUAUUCUGUACCCCCAAAAUUAUUUUUUAUGACGUGGCUUUGUAUGUAAGGGUACAUAAGUAUAUUUAUUAGAAUUUACAAACAGUAUUUUAUUGCAUUUGUAUGUACUGCCUUGGAAAAGGUACCCAAACUAAAA